AUGUACGAAAUCUACGCCGCCGGUGCAGCGGCGGCCUUCACCGUUGACUGCCUCGUUUACCCACUCGAUACGCUCAAGACACGCUACCAAAGCCAGGAUUUUCUCAAGACAUUUGCCUCUCGUCCGGGCGAGGCCAAGGUGCCGGUAUUUCGCGGCUUAUACCAGGGCAUCGGCAGCGUCAUUGUCGCAACCCUUCCAGCGGCGGGCAUCUUCUUUGCCACCUACGAAAGCAUGAAACAGAGCAUAUCUCUGGCCGUCCCCAUGGCGCCGCAACCGCUAGUCCACUCUUCCGCGUCCGCCAUCGCCGAGAUGGCUUCGUGCGUGGUGCUGGCACCAGCAGAGGUCGUCAAGCAGAAUGCGCAGAUGCUACGCAGGCAGCAGCAGAAUGGGACUAGGGCGAGUUCAUCCACGUCUCUGCAAGCAGUCUAUCAGAUCGCUGCCUCGGGAGCCCGGAAGAGGCUGUUCACCGGGUACACGGCUUUGGUGGCUCGGAACCUCCCCUUCACGGCCCUGCAGUUCCCCAUCUUCGAGCAUUUGCGGGAUCGGAUCUGGGACCGAACAGAUCCGUCGCAGGCACGGUCACGGCAACGGAAACGGAAACGAGAGCGCGGCCUCCUGGAGACGGCAGUCGUUAAUGGCGUGAGUGCGGGGGCGGCGGGCGCCAUGGCGGCCUUCGUCACAGCACCGAGCGAUGUUGUCAAGACGCGGAUGAUGUUAAGCGCGGGCGAUGGUGAAGACCCCAAAGAUCCUGCGUCAACAAGGUCAAGGUCAGACCCGGAGACUUGUCAGAAUAGAAGCAGAAGCAGAAGCAGCUGGUCGACUGCGCGCGAAGUGUAUCGCAAUAACGGACUGCGAGGCCUCUUUCGUGGAGGACUGCUGCGUUCUGUAUGGACGGCCUUGGGGAGUGGUCUGUACCUGGGGACGUACGAGAUGUCCAAGGUGUGGCUGACUCGGGAUAAAACCGAGCAAGACGUUCUCGGGGAGCCAUCCUGA